AUGGCGGGGGGCAGCAGCGCUGACAAGCCACGCUUCUCUUGCAGGCUGAAGGAUUUGGAGAAGGAUGAAGAGGGGCUGAGUGAGAAGCCCCCCCAGCGGAGGUGGGUAGCGGGGCCCUGCUCCGGCCCGGCCCGCUCUGAAAUAGCGCGGCCGCAGCUGGCACCUUGGCUGCUCCAGGAGGGGUGUGCGGUGGGGGCACCAGUCGCAGGCGCCCGGCCUCUAAGGCGCGGCUCCGUGUCCCCUCAGGAGUGGGAGAAGGAGAAGCUGAGUCUGGUCCAUGGCUUCCUGCAAGCAGAUGCACAGAAUCAGCUGAGCGACCUCGAGACCAAGCUGCGCAGGGAGGAGCUGGCGGGGGGGAGUUCGAGGGUCACGCGCAGCUCCGGCAGGCAGCCUACCAUCCUGGCGCUCUUUGCCAAAGGCUCCAACAAACGCAAAUCAGAUGAGGUGAACGGAGAAGUGAAGCAGGAAACGAAUUCGGAAAAGGAGGAGGAGGAGCUGGAAGAGAAGGAGCAUGACGAAAAAAGAAUGAAAAUUGAAACCAAAGAAGGGCCGGAGAUAAAAGAUGAAGCUACUCCGAUUAAGACAGCGCCGCCUGCCAAAACCACUCCUCCCAAGUGCGUCGAGUGCCGGCAGUACCUGGACGACCCUGACCUCAAGUUCUUCCAGGGGGAUCCCGACAACGCGCUGGAGGAGCCAGAGAUGCUGACGGACGAGCGCUUGUCCAUUUUCGACGCCAACGAAGACGGGUUUGAAAGUUACGAGGAUUUGCCCCAGCACAAAGUGACCUCCUUCAGCGUCUAUGACAAAAAGGGCCAUUUGUGCCCCUUCGACACGGGGCUCGUCGAGAGGAACAUCGAGCUGUACUUCAGCGGCACCGUGAAGCCCAUCUACGACGACAACCCGUGUCUGGAUGGUGGCGUUAGAGCCAAGAAGCUGGGUCCCAUCAACGCUUGGUGGAUCACUGGCUUCGAUGGAGGAGAGCGAGCCCUGAUUGGCUUCACUACGGCCUUCGCGGAUUACAUCCUCAUGGAGCCCAGCGAGGAGUACGCCCCCACCUUCGCGCUGAUGCAGGAGAAAAUCUACAUGAGUAAAAUCGUUGUGGAAUUCCUGCAGAACAACCCACACGUCAGCUAUGAGGAUUUGCUGAACAAGAUCGAGACGACCGUGCCUCCUGCUGGGCUGAACUUCAACCGCUUCACAGAGGACUCCCUGCUGCGGCACGCCCAGUUUGUGGUGGAGCAGGUGGAGAGCUACGACGAGGCCGGAGACAGUGAUGAGCCGCCCGUCCUCAUCACGCCCUGCAUGAGGGACCUGAUCAAGCUCGCGGGGGUCACCCUGGGGAAGAGGCUGGCUGCCAGGAGGCAGGCCAUUCGGCACCCCACCAAGAUCGACAAGGACAAGGGGCCCACCAAGGCCACCACCACCAAGCUGGUGUACCUGAUCUUCGACACCUUCUUCUCGGAGCAGAUCGAGAAGAACGAGCGCGAGGACGACAAGGAGAACGCCAUGAAGCGCCGGCGCUGCGGCGUGUGUGAGGUUUGCCAGCAGCCCGAGUGUGGCAAGUGCAAAGCCUGCCAGAACAUGAUCAAGUUUGGGGGCAGUGGCCGGAGCAAACAGGCCUGCCUGCAGAGGAGGUGUCCCAAUCUGGCUGUCAGAGAAGCGGAUGAGGACGAGGAGGUGGACGACAACAUCCCCGAAAUGCCGUCGCCCAAGAAAAUGCUGCAGGGCAGGAAGAAGAAGCAGAACAAAAGCCGGAUUUCCUGGGUGGGGGAGCCGAUCAAGGUAGGGCUGGAGGAGCGCACACCUUGCCCCCUGACUGUCGCUCCCUCCCCAGAGCCCCUGGAGGUGGGGGACUGCGUCUCCGUCAGUCCUGACGAGCCCUCCAAGCCUCUGUACCUGGCGAGAGUCACUGCGCUGUGGGAAGACAGCAGUGGGCAAAUGUUCCACGCCCACUGGUUCUGCCAGGGCAUGGACACCGUCCUGGGGAAGACCUCGGACUCCUUGGAGCUCUUCCUGGUGGACGAGUGCGAAGACAUGCAGCUGUCCUACAUCCACGGCAAAGUGAACGUGGUCUACAAGGCUCCCUCGGAGAACNUGUCCCCGCAGGGGGGGCUGGACAUGGAGAUUAAGAUGGUGGAGGACGACGGCAGAACCUAUUUCUACCAAAUGUGGUAUGACCAGGAGUACGCCCGGUUCGAGUCUCCCCCGAAGAUCCUGCCCUCGGAGGACAACAAGUACAAGUUCUGCAUGAGCUGCGCCCGCCUGGACGAGGUGAGGCAGAAGGAGAUUCUUAAAGUCAUGGAGCCCCGGGAAGAGGUGGACGGGAAGAUGUUCUAUGGCCUGGCAACGAAGAACGGCGUGCAGUACAGGCUAGGGGACGGCGUCUUUCUCCUACCCGAGGCUUUCUCCUUCAGCAUGAAGCUGGCCAGCCCCGCCAAGCGCCCCAAGAAGGAGGCUGUGGACGAGGAGCUGUACCCCGAGCACUACCGCAAGUACUCUGAGUACAUCAAGGGCAGCAACCAGGAUGCCCCGGAGCCGUACCGCGUGGGCCGGAUCAAGGAGAUCUUCUGCAGCAUGCGCAGCAACGGCAAGCCCAACGAGGCCGACAUCAAGCUGCGGCUCUACAAAUUCUACAGGCCCGAGAACACCCACAAGUCUGUGAAAGCCAGCUACCACUCGGACAUCAACCUGCUGUACUGGAGCGACGAGGAGGUGACGGUGGACUUCAAGGCCGUGCAGGGCCGCUGCACGGUGGAGUACGGGGAGGACCUGACGGAAGGGCCCACGGCCCUGGGGCAGGAGAGGGCCCUGCCCCGGGUCAGCAGCACAGCCGGCCGGAGUCCCGGCCUGACGCGCUCUGCUCCCGCGCCAGGGAUCGCGGAGACACUGUGGGCCAUCGAGAUGUGGGAGCCGGCGGCCCAGGCCUUCCGCCUCAAUAACCCGGGCACCACGGUGUUCACGGAGGACUGCAACGUGCUGCUGAAGCUGGUCAUGUCCGGCGAGAAGACCAACUCGCUGGGCCAGAAGCUCCCGCAGAAGGGGGACGUGGAGAUGCUCUGCGGCGGCCCGCCCUGCCAGGGCUUCAGCGGCAUGAACCGCUUCAACUCCCGCACCUACUCCAAGUUCAAGAACUCCCUGGUGGUCUCCUUCCUCAGUUACUGCGACUACUACAGGCCACGCUUCUUCCUGCUGGAGAACGUCCGCAACUUCGUCUCCUUCAAGCGCUCCAUGGUGCUGAAGCUCACCUUGCGCUGCCUCGUGCGGAUGGGCUACCAGUGCACCUUCGGGGUGCUGCAGGUGGGGGCCGGGGGGUUAUUAGUGCACCUUCGGGGCCCUGCGGCGGCCGCUUUCUCUGCCCCCAGGACGUACUCGGGGCCCUUCCGAACCAUCACGGUGCGGGACACCAUGUCCGACCUGCCGGAGAUCCGGAACGGCGCCGCGGCUCUGGAGAUCUCCUACAACGGGGAGCCCCAGUCCUGGUUCCAGAGACAGAUCCGGGGCUCGCAGUAUCAGCCCAUUCUUAGGGACCACAUCUGCAAGGACAUGAGUGCGCUGGUAGCUGCUCGCAUGAGGCACGUCCCCCUGGCCCCGGGCUCAGACUGGCGCGACCUGCCCAACAUCGAGGUGCGGCUGUCGGACGGCACCACCACGCGGAAGCUGCGUUACACUCACCACGAGAAGAAGAACGGGCGCAGCAGCACGGGAGCGCUGCGGGGGGUGGUGCCCGCAGAGCCUGAGCAGCCCAGCAAAGCAGCCAAGAUGGAAGUGGCGGACUAG